UAUUUAGAGAGUUCAAAUAUUUUGACAUGGCUGACAGUCUGAGUUGAUUCGUCGCUAUGUUUGAGGUGUUUUGUAGGUUUCAAGAGCCUUUUUAAUUAUUUAUUUCAGUUUACGAGACAAAAAUUUUCAGCAUUUGUAACAAUGAUGCAAGCAGAAGAUGCUAGGUAUUUGAAAAGAAAAGUGAAGGGAGGAAACAUUGAUGUACACCCCACAGAAAAAGCCUUGGUUGUUAAUUAUGAAUUGGAGGCUACCAUAUUGGGUGAACUUGGAGAUCCCAUGCUGCGAGAAUGGAAGGAAUGCCAAAAAAUUAUAAGGGUAAAAAGUUUGAAUGAAAACAGUGACUUGGCCAGUUUAGCUAAGGACAUCAUUGAUAAAUGUAAAUUGAUCCACCCUACCAAGCUACCCGAAGUGGAACAGCUGUUGUACUAUCUACAGAACAGGAAAGAGACAGAUUUACCCUGUAAACCAUCUGGGAAAACACAGCUGCAUGAAAAACCUGAAGUUCCUAUGUACGAUGCCUCGGAAAUUGAUGAGGUGGCCAACAUCAAUGAUGUGGACGACUACAUGGAACUUCUGUAUGAAGACGUUCCAGAAAAAGUCCGCGGAUCAGCCUUACUUCUACAGUUAGCUCGAAAUCCAGAUAACUUGGAGGAGUUAUUUCAAAAUGAAACAAUUGUUGGAGCACUGGCCCGCGUUUUGAGAGAGGAUUGGAAGAAGAGCACGGAACUGGCGACGAACAUUGUCUACAUCUUCUUCUGUUUCUCCAGCUUCACACAGUUUCACGGCGUCAUUGUUCACUUCAAGAUUGGGGCUCUGUGCAUGAACAUUGUAGAACACGAACUGAAGAAAUACGACAUGUGGAAUGAAGAGCUACAGAAAAAAAAGAAAGCUGCUAAUUCAGAUAAAGACAAAAAGGCAAAGGAAGAGUAUGCCAAGAGUCUUCAGAAGUACGAAGGUCUGGUCAAAAAGCAGGAACAGCUGUUAAGAGUGGCAUUUUACCUGUUACUGAACCUUGCUGAGGACCUUAAGGUGGAGAUGAAGAUGAGGAACAAAGGAAUCGUGAAGUUCCUUGUCAAGACACUGGAGAGAGAUAACUUUGAGCUGCUGAUACUGGUGGUGUCGUUCCUCAAGAAACUAAGCAUAUUUAUAGAGAACAAAACAGAAAUGGCUGAGUUAAACAUUAUAGAGAAGUUGACAAAGUUAGUGCCAUGUGAACACGAGGACCUGCUGAACAUCACACUUAGAUUACUGGUGAACCUCUCCUUUGACGCUGAACUACGCAGUAAAAUGUUCAAGUUUGGGUUACUCCCUAAACUUGUAGGAUUACUCCAAAAUGAGAACCACAGAGAACAUGUGCUGGGUAUACUGUAUCACAUCAGUAUGGAUGAUAAAUCCAAGUCCAUGUUCACAUACACAGACUGUAUACCAAUUGUUAUGAAAAUGCUUCUUGAAAGCGGAGAAAAUGUAGAAAUGGAACUCAUGGCUCUGUGUGUCAAUCUGGCCUCCAACAAACGUGUAGCAGCCAUGAUCUGUGAAGGUCAAGGUCUCAAGAUGUUGAUGAAGCGAGCCUUCAAGUACAAGCAUCCGCUUCUGAUGAAAAUGAUCAGGAAUCUGUCUCAGCAUGACGGACCUACAAAAGCUCUCUUUGUGGAUUACAUCAGUGACCUGGCCCAGGCCGUACUGAAUGAAGAGGAAGAAGACUUUGGUCUGGAGUGCCUUGGCAUUCUGGGUAAUCUCACAAUCCCGGACCUGGAUUAUGAACUGAUCCUAAAGGAAUACAACCUCAUACCCUGGAUUAAGAGUAAACUAGAACCAGGUGCCUGUGAGGAUGACUGGGUACUGGAGGUGAUUAUUCUGGUGGGGACAGUCUGUAAUGAUGACGCCUGCGCUAAGAUGCUGGCGGAGGCUAACAUCAUCCAGUCGCUGAUAGAGCUGCUUAACGCCAAACAAGAAGAUGAUGAAAUGGUUUGUCAGAUAGUGUAUGUGUUUUACCAGAUGAUCUUCCAUGAAUCCACCAGAGAAGUCAUCAUCAAAGAUACUCAGGCUCCUGCAUAUCUGAUUGAUUUGAUGCACGACAAAAACUCAGAAAUCCGUAAAGUUUGUGAUAAUACUUUGGAUAUGAUAGCAGAAUUUGAUGAGGAGUGGGCUAAGAAGAUUCAGCUGGAGAAGUUCCGCUGGCACAAUUCUCAGUGGUUAGAGAUGGUAGAGACGCGGCAGGUCGGGGAUAUGGGGGACCCCUACAUGUAUGCUGACGAGGGCUACGACCCGUACCUACAGGACGCCGAUAUCCUGGACCGACCCGACUUAUUCUAUGAUGAUAUGUAUGAGAAUGCCUACAUAAUGGAUGGUCACCUGACCCCCGAGUACAUUGAUGAGAAUGGCAUGUAUGAUGGGCAGCCUUAUGGAUACGGGUAUGGAAAUCCAAUGGAUGGUGGCUAUGAUCCGUACGAGAGACCAGAAUCACACAUGGGCUUUAUUGGUAAUGGUCCACCAGUAGAUGAAUACGGCAGACCUCUAGAAAUGGACCCCUACAUGAUGGAUGAAAGACAGGCGAUGAUGAUGGAUGAGAGACAGGCCAUGAUGAUGGACGAAAGACAAGCAAUGAUGAUGGAUGAAAGGCAGGCGAUGUUGAUGGAUGGGAGGCAGUCAGCAAUGAUGGACAGAUAUGGAAUGGAGAUGGAGGAUGAUCCAUACCAUUAUGGGUAUAAUAAUUAUAACGGGGGCGUGUACGACAGGCGAUGAUGAGAUUACUACACAAACUUUAUCUGUAGGUCAAAAUGUGUUCAGUGUGAACCUAAUAUCAAAUCUGUGAUAAUUCUCUGCUGUUUCUCUCUCAUUGUAUAUAUCCAUUGUAUUUCAUGCCAGUGUGGUGUGAUUAUUUAUUCCCAUUGCACAAUUAAAGACAGCUUUCAUGUAUGAAACUCCUUUUAUUCUCACAGGUACAAAAUAGUAUCAAUAAGAUCUGUGUUUGUAAAUAUAAAAAAAAUCUUUUGAUUUUACUCAUCAUAUCUCUGAAUCUGGUAUUCGUGAUAAUUUCUAAUUUUUAAUGCAUUGAAUUCCUGACCAGUGGUUGUCAAUUUUCCGCAGUUUUACAUGUUAAUUAUUGUACAAGCAUGUUGUUUUGUAGACAUGAUUGAUGCUUGUCAUUAAUGAAUGAUCUGUUAGCUUGAUUUAUUCUGACAGUGCAAAGAUAAUUAUUUUGUGAUAUUUUUUUCUCCAUCCAUUUGCUUUACACUGUUUUCUUUGUGGCAUUUUUUUGCAUUCAAUCAACAUUUUUUAUUUAUACAUUGUAUAAUUAUUUUACAUUGAAAAGCUUCCUAGUGUUGAACAAAGUAGAAUAUUCUCUGAAAUUCCAUUGCAUGCGUAAUUUUUCAUGCAGAAAACAAUAAAAUUCUUUCAAGAUCUUAGA